AUUUUCUGUUAGUGCAUUCUAUUGUUAAGUUUUGCAUGAUCAUGCGUUUCAGGGUUCUGUUCCAAUGUCUUUUGCCUUGUGUUAUCAUCAGCUUCAAAUCCCUUGAUGCUGCUAAGAAAUUUGGAGGAUCCCAAAGGCAAGGCACUUGACAAGCUCGAUACAACUGAAAUGCAAGAUCUUAUGCCUGAAAUUCCAUGGUGGGUGAAGAAUCCUGAUUAUGAGAGGGUAGACUGGUUAAACAAAUUUAUUCAUGACAUGUGGCCUUUCAUUGAUAAGGCAAGCCAUGGAACCAUUAGAAGCAUAGCAGAGCCUAUAUUUGCUGACUACAUAGGGAUGUGUAAGAUAGAAUCAAUUGAAUUUGAAAAAAUAAGCCUUGGAACUCUUUCACCAACAAUUCAUGGUCUUAAAGUUUACGAGACAAAUGAGAGUGAACUAGUAAUGGAGCCAGCAAUUAAGUGGGCGGGAAAUCCUGACAUAUUAGUCACCGUAAAGUUAGCAUCUUUAAGAAUCUUAAUCCAGUUGGUGGACAUACAAAUUGAAGCAGCUCCACGUAUCACAUUAAAGCCUCUCUACUUUUUGGCUGAGAAAGAGGGCCGAGUACUUGCAAUUCCAAAACAUAACUUGAAGAAGGAACUGAAAUACUUGAUGAGAGGCCUUGGCAUCUUUGCAUUAGCUCUUCUUGUUAUUGUGCUCAGUCUUGGUUUUUGUCGGACUUGUACCAGAAACUUUGUCUGCCUCAUAAUUUGUCAGCCUGACUCAUACAGCUAUACCAAAGCUGUACGCUUCAUUAUUAGUCAGUCAGGUAAUGGUCCCUCAGAUGGACAAAGAACUAAACCAAUGGAAUUUGGAGAAGAUACUGUAGCACGCGGGAGAUGA